AGGAAAAAAAAAAACAGUAAGGAACAGAUUAAAGAAAGAAAGAAAAAAAAGCAAGGAAGUAAGAAAGAAGAAGAAGAAGAAAUAGAGAGGAGAUUAUUGGUACAUCUCCCUCACUUUCGCCAUUAGUCAAACGCUCUCCUCUUCUCAGAUCGGCGGUCUCUUACUCUCUGAGGGUCUAUGAUAUCUUAUCCACAUCUUCCAGUGAACUGCAACAUGAGAUCUCAGAUGCUGUGGGACUGGGAUAAUUUGAUCAUCUCCAAUCCUGAAAAUGACAAAAAUCAACUUACUGCUGCUACUGAGUGGGAAACUGAAGGAAUUGAGUCUAUAUUCCCCUGUUUCGAUGGCCUCCAGAGACUCAGCAAUAAUGACUCUACAACCAGUUUCUGGCACACCACUUCUGUAUCCAAAAGCUCACAGUCAACCUCCACCAACUCAUCAUCUCCCUUAGUCAGACGAACCAAGCCUGCAUCAGAAAGAGGUUCUUUCACCAACAUAGAUUUUGUCCAGGUGAAGAAGACAUCCACAGCUCUUGAGGUAUCUGCUGAAUCAGACCUUUCUUUAAAACUUGGGAAGCGGACAUACUCUGGUAGAGACAGUAAUGACGUUUCUAAGAAGCUGUUGGCUCCUUCUCAUGUUGUUGCUCGUAAGAAAUCCAAAUCGUGUGGUCAGAGCAGCAUGCAAGUGCCUCGUUGCCAAAUUGAUGGAUGUGAACUGGAUCUCUCAUCUGCCAAGGACUAUCACCGCAAGCAUAGAGUCUGUGAAACCCAUUCAAAGUGCCCCAAUGUUACAGUGAAUGGUGUGGAUUGUCGAUUCUGCCAACAGUGUAGCAGGCUGCAUGACGUGUCUGAAUUUGAUGAGAAGAAACGAAGCUGCCGCAAACGUCUUUCUCAUCAUAAUGCAAGGCGUCGCAAGUCACAAGGAUUCUCACCGUCAAAUCCAGAGAGGGUAUAUGAUCAUAGACAGCAUACAAAUAUUGUGUGGGGUACCACUUAUGAGACAAAGCCUACACAGACGGAGAGCGGCUUUACUCUGAGCUUCCAGAGAGGCAAUGGUUCUGAGGAGCAGUUGUUUGCUAGCAGCAACCACUCUUUAUCUGCGUAUCAAACCUCAGGCGGGUUCUCAGCAGGGAAGGACAAGUUUCAACUUGGUGUGGGAGAACACUCAGGAGAACUCUAUCAAUCUCAAGAUUUCCACCGUGCUUUCUCUCUUCUGUCAACUUCUUCUGGUCCCCUGGUUCACCCACAUGCACAGCCACUGUCUCUAUUUUUUUCAUUUGAUGGUGUACCAAAACAGGUGAGUAAGUGAUUUGGAAUUUGUAAAACCAGUUAGCUUCAGUUAGUGGAUAUACUUAUCCAAACCUAUCAGAACAGUUGCCUCCAUUUGUAUGCCGACUUCGGUUCCUUUGUUAUCUGUAUCCUUGUUUCUUUACUAAUUAGUAACAAAGUUAAUCGUCAACAAAACACUAAACAGUGAAUAUAUAUAUAUAUAAAAUAACUCUGGUAGACUUUGUAAUGUGUUCUUUCUUUUGGAGUUUAGAGGGAGAUGUAAC